UUGAACAAAUUCACUCUGAAACAUUUUGGAAUUUGACCUAAAUUCCUUUUUUUAUUUCCGCGGGAGAAAUGGAAGAAAAUGACCGGGACGAAGAAUCCGAUACCACAGUCACCAUGAGCACGUUUUCUCAGCACAAUUUCAACGACGACUCUGAAACUCUUUGCAUCUCCAUCAUCGAGAACAUGAGGGAAGAUUACGGUUUAUACGUGUGGCCUUGCGCUGUAAUUCUCGCCGAAUAUGUUUGGCAACAGAAGCACCGAUUCACAGGAGCUAACGUUGUUGAGCUUGGUGCUGGAACUUGCUUACCUGGUUUGGUUGCUGCAAAAGUUGGUGCUAAUGUCACUCUUACCGAUGACUCCAGCAGAUUAGAGGUGCUUGACAACAUGAGACGAGUUUGUGAUUUGAAUAAACUUGAGUGCAAUGUGCUAGGACUGACAUGGGGUGUUUGGGAUUCAUCCAUAUUUGAUUUACAGCCUACAAUUAUUUUGGGCGCUGACGUGUUGUAUGACUCAAAUGCUUUUGAUGAUCUCUUUGCCACUGUGACAUUCUUGCUCCGAAAUUCACCUGGAUCAACUUUUAUAACGUCAUACCACAAUAGAAGUGGGCAUCACCUUAUUGAGUUCUUGAUGAAAAAAUGGGGCUUGAAGUGUCUCAAGCUGCUUGAUGGGUUUUCUAUUCUGCCAUCCUUCAAGGCUUCUCAGAUAAGUGGUAACAUCCAAUUGGCAGAGAUAGCUCUAAUGUCGAAAGAUAAUGCUUGAGGUACCUCAAAGCUUUAUAAUCAAAUUUAGUAGUAUUUGUAUUUUUAGAUGACACUGCAGCUGCUAUAUAUAUUGUACUUCUUGAUGAUGAUCGAGCAAUAGAACAGGACAGGAUCAUCCUAAAGGAAUAACUCCUAAGAUGGAUAUUGUAUUUCUUUGCUAUACAUUUGAUGAAGAAAAAACAGGCUUCCUUUUUAUUUUAAUGUUGCUUAAUGUUAAAACCUGGUAGCAACUAGCAAACUUUUUGGAUGUAGAAUCGCGAUUGCGCACAUGAAACAAUUUUCAAGCAGUAUUUAUUUCAACUGCUUUACGUAC